AUGGGUGGGGCUGGAGACACGUGUUCCCAGCCCCAAACACGAGAAUCGUUUUUUUGCGGCCGGAAUUCUUUCGUAGGAAUUCCAAAACCUAUCAUAGGAACUCAUAGGAAUGACGCACUAAUUAUAGGAAUAAAAAAAAAUCAGGGAAUCCAAUUAUUAGCCAUGGGUGGGGCUGGAGACACGUGUUCCAAGCCCCUGAGACGGGAAUCGUUUUUUUGCGGCCGGAAUUCUUUCGUAGGAAUUCCGAAGCCUAUCAUAGGAAUUCAUAGGAUUGACGUACUAAUUAUGGGAAUAAAAAAAAUUCAGGAAAACCAAUUAUUAGCCAUGGGUGGGGCUGGAGACACGUGUUCCAAGUCCCACCCACGGGAAUCGUUUAUUUGCGGCCGGAAUUCUUUCGUAUUAAUUCCGAAACGUAUCAUAGGAAUUCAUAGGAAUGACGUACUAAUUAAAGGAAUAAAAAAAAUUCAGGAAAACCAAUUAUAA